AUGUCGUGGACUCAUGGUCUACGUGUACAUAGUAAUCGCGAAGAAGACCCAUCACCUCGAAAUAGUAACCGUGGAAGGGGGACAUCGGGGCUUUUCAGCUGCGUCCCCUCUCGAGCACAAACUUCAGACUGGCCCGGGUCAACCCUGUUUGCUUUGGAGAUUGCCAACCGGGCGGGCGGUAGGGCUGGACGUAACCACUGCAUUUCUGGGGGCACUGGCGCGUUCUGGAGGCGAAUGCCUGGUGUCCUUGCAUUGACGCUUGUCCAUGUGUCGGCAAAGUCUCAGCGCGAGAGCGUUUGGGUGCCCUUUUGGGUGCCCUUCUCGGUCCGGAACCGAGUGCGAGUCAGCGGGCCUCCUCGUCCCACCCCUUUUCCGUAUCCGAGGCGUUCGUACGAGAGAUCCCAGGCUUCCAAUACCGCCUGCAAGCUCACGCAGGGAAGCGAAAAGUGUCCCGAUGCGGAAUGGAACUUUCCAAUGAAGGUGCAAGAUCGUUAUGCACUUAGGCGAGCACAGGGCGCUGGAAGGCAAAUGAUCGAUCUCCACGAGUGGGCGAGAUGCGCCGGCGCCGGCUCCGCGCUCUGUUCGUCGAAUGGUUUUAGGACUAUUGAGGGGCGUUCCGCUUCGUCUCAGUUGUCUCGUGCCGUCAGAGGGCGAAGGAAGUUUCAAGGCUUCGAGAAACAAGUCGGCCAAGACAUGCAGGAUAGCGGGAGAAUCGGCCAAGCGUCGGCCAGCAAGCACGGCCAGACAGGAUGCCACGAGCCUGGAUGCCACGAGCCUGGAUGUCACGAGCUUGGAAGUAUGGAGCCUGAGAAGAAGCCUUACCGCUGGUUCAUCUAA